GGGAGUACCCCUACAUAACCCAAUAAAGAGGACUUCAAUAAGUUAUACUUCAAAAGUAGAGGAUGAUUCCCUCGCCACCAUAAAAGAUUAGCCAUGAAAGAGCCAUGAAUUUCAACCGUCUUUAUUGAUUUCUGAUGGCCUUCUCCUUGGCCUUAAACCCCGCAAUAACGAGCGUCUGUCUCUCUUCACAUGAGAUUGAGAAUAGGAACUCCCAAAUUUCGGUUUUAACACUUAAUUUUGUUCAUAAAUCCACAAAGACAUGCAGAAGGGGUUGGACUAUCAUGGAUUCGCAAAGGGAUUCAAACCACAAGACUGAAAAUGAUGGAGAAGUACCGGACGUCGGUGUUAAAGUGGCAUUGUCUAUGCUUAGAUUCUACAAGAGGGAGAUUUCACCAUUAUUGCCCAAAAGUUGCCGAUACAUUCCCAGUUGUAGUGAAUAUUCCAUGGAAGCAUACAAAAGAUAUGGUGUUUUAAAGGGUACUGUGCUCACAGCUUGGCGCCUUUGUCGUUGCAAUCCUCUAGGUGGAUCUGGGUUCGAUCCUCCACGAUGGUUCGAUGAAAGAAGCCCACUUGAGUGAUGAACAUUUCCAUCUUAACUGCUGAAAUUGAUGCAUCAUCUCAAAGAAAGCUCUGAGCUAAUGUAUGAUUUGGAUAUCUAUUACUUGGUAUCAAAUUGUAUGGGGUAAUUUGAAAGAGGCAAAUCAGUGAUAAAAGGAUAGGAAUACAUUUAGGCAUAUGUUACUUUUUUUAUUACACAUUCAUUUUAUCUGCAUAUAUUAUUUCUUUGUAUGUAUUCAUUUCCUUUACCGAAACGACUGAAAUGAAACUAAAAUCUAAAAAUAUCUAUUUGUAUUCGUAACUCAAUUGUAUAUUUAUCCGAGGUUCACGAGUGGAAAGGAUGAAAGAAGUUGCAAAA